AUGGAAUAUACUCAGGCCUUAGAACUACGUGGUGAUUAUGAGAAAUACAAAAUUCUGUUGAAAAGACGACUACAGGAAAGUGGAUGGUGUGAUCAGAUACGUUUACAAGCUAAAGAAAUUGUAAAAGAAAAAGGAUCUAUGUCAGUGGACCAACUGGUUGAAGAACUACUGCCUCAAGGACGUGCAUCAGUACCAUCAGCAAUAAAAAAGGAGCUCCUUCUAAAAGUGAAAGAGGGUUUAAUGAAAACAGCCGGUAUUGAAGACGAAAAUUUUGGAACAAACAAUCCGAAUUCCUAA